UAAACAUUGUAAACACUAAAGUCUAAAAUAUUGUGUUUGUAUUUGUGAGGAAAGUUUUAUGGAGCUCAAUGCAAUGGACUAUUUUGGAGAUGAGUUGAACGAGCCAGUGAGUCCCACAGGACAAUGCUUGGACAACACUUCUCUAUGCUUGUAUAUUCUUGCAUUCUUAGAAUUUCAAGUUCCAAUCCAUAACUUGCCAAUUGUUUCAUUGGUUGAAGAUGCAUUUCUUUCCAUCCCUCACUUCACUUCUAUAAUGGUUGAUGAUGAAAGAGGAGUGAAAAGAUGGAAACGAGUUGAAGUGAAGUUAGAGGAACAUAUCACUGAACCCAAAUUCACUGAUAAUGGCAUACCAGUUGAUUCAUAUGACAAGCAUUUUGCUGAUUACAUAUCAAAGAUGGCAAUGGAGAAUUUACCACAAACAAAGCCAUUAUGGCAAGUUCAUGUAAUCAAAUACGCGACAAGCAAUGCGGCCGGAACAUUGGUGUUCAAAUUUCACCAUGCAAUUGGAGAUGGUUACAAUCUUAUGGGUGUAAUUCUUUCUAGCUUACAAAGAGCUGAUCAUCCUUCUCUCCCUUUGUCCUUUCCAUCACUCAAGUCAUCGAAACCAAAAAAUAUUAGCAGAUUCAUUCUUGAGAAAAUGCCUCAGUUUCUCUCCAUGCCUUUCACUUUUGUAUCCGAUUUUGGAUGGACUCUUCUAAAAAGUACAUUAGUUGAAGAUGAUAAAACACCAAUAAAGUCAGGAGUUGAAGCUGUUGAGUUUCGGCCGUUCAAGUUAUCAAAUGUCACAUUUUCAAUGGAUCAUAUCAAAGAAAUUAAGUCUAAUCUUGGAGUGACUAUAAAUGAUGCAAUUACUGGAAUAAUCUUCUAUGGGAUUAGGCUUUACAUGCAAAAUAUUGACUAUAAAUCAAGAGCAUUAAAUUCAACUGCAUUGGUGAUAGCAAACACAAGGCACAUUAAAGAUUACCAAAGAGUGCAAGAUAUGUUAAAGACUACAAAGGGUUCUUGGGGUAACCAUAUUACUUACUAUCAUGUGUCAGUGCCGAAAUUACAGGACAUCCCAAUUUCAAAUCCAGUCCAAUUUAUCAACAAAGCACACACUUCAAUCAAGAGACAGAAAAAUUCCUUUGCUCCUCCUUUGAUUACAAAGCUUCUCAGGAUGAAGAAUAAGCUUGAAGGCCCUGAGGCUUUGGCUAAACAUAUCCAUGGAACAAUGAGAAAAUCAAGCUUACUGAUCUCAAACGUAGCUGGACCAAUUGAGCAAAUGGCUUGGGCAAAUCAUCCUAUAGGAGGCUUCUUCUUUACAUUGUCUGGCAUUCCUCAGAGUCUUGUCAUUACAGUAAUGAGCUAUAUGGGAAUGCUAAGAGUGACCACUGCAACAGAAGAAGGGUUCAUAGACGAGCAAAAGUUAAUGCGUUACCUGAACAGUGCGUUUGAGAUAAUACGUCACGAAUCAAUUGCUAAGGAGAAUACUCCAUAAUGGAACAAAUUUUGUAAGGUAUCAUGUAAUCCAUUGUUUAAGGACAUGGAAGUGUGGGAUCAUAUACUAUAAGAAAUUUUUCAUAUACCAACGGCUGUUUAUAUGGACGGUAAAUAAAACUACUGGUAUAAUAUAAGCAACGUAUACCAAGGAAUAUUAGUGUUAUAUAUACAUCAAGCAUAUCCCUAAUAAUUCGUUUAUAUUAAUGAGUAAUCAUUUACCAUAACUACUAA